CUUUCUUCUUCUUGUCUUACUUCUCUCAGACAAAACUUGGUUACCUCAUCCACGGAAAUGGCUGCCAAUCCGGUCGCUGUCUCGAUGUCUGCUUCCUCAUCGACCCCGUUCGCGUUCGACAAUGCCAUCAGUCGCAAAUCCACCACUACUUCUACUACCACCAGCACAACCAGCACAGCGACAUCCGCACUGCCUGUCAUUGAGGGAUGGCUUUCGUCCCUGUUGCGCAACGUUGCUGGGCGCGGACUCGUCUCGCCGCACCCUUCGCUCGCCACCCCGCCAAUCUCAUCCGCUGCACUUGGGCAGGACCUGACGAGUGCUGCUCACGCUGGUGCGCCAGGGCUGCAGCAGGAUCGCGGUGCACUCCAUCCGGAGGCGAUUUGGAAGCAGCGCCUCGAGCAGCGAAUGCGCACCAUUGGCGCUCAAUCCUCAGGCGCUGGAUCAAGCUCAGGUGCUGGAUCAAGCUCAGGAUCAAGCUCGGGAUCAGGAUCAAGCUCGGGAUCAGGGUCGAGCUCGGGAUCUGGAUCCUCCGGGUCAAACACUGCUGCCGCCUGCUCAACCACGACGAUCGACAUCCUCAACCCCCAUGCUGCUGCAUUCAUGAAUUUGGGCGCCCAUGGUGGCUGCCUCGGAGGUUUUGGCGAGGCAAUCGAGUUUGCAGACGCACCACCCGUGCCAACGACAGCGGAUGUGUUUUACGCAUCGUUGCAAGCGGCGCUACCGUCACAACUCGUAUCCGGCGCUGGCAAAUCCAUCGGCUCGUCAGGCGACGAUCUGUUGUACCUCUCUCCCGACGAGCGGGAUGCAGAGCUGUCGUGGCUUCUGGAUGGUCCCAUCGCGGAGGUGCAGCAAGGUCCGCGCGAUCUCUUGGCCGAAGGGAUGGCCAUCUCGCAGAUGGACGACACCCCAAACAACAACACAAUGGACGGCACUUGGCUGCGUCGUCAGCUCGUCCGCCGGUUUGACGACGCUGCCGUCAAGACGGUGGCGAUGGCUAUUUUUGAGGUUCUUUCGGCUGCGCGCGAUGACUCGGAGCUUCAAAACAACCUGUUUGAGCUGCUUGGUUCGGACCACUUUGACUUUAUUUCCGAGCUGGUCACCCACCACGUUGCCAUUGUCAAAAUGACCAACGAGCGUCUGGCCGCUCACAACGCUCACAUGGCCAGUGUGAUGGGAAGCGCGUCGACAGCAGCAGCUCAAGCAACCGCCCCACCCACUCAACACGCACCUUCCAUCUCUUCCAACGUGGUCAUUCGUUCGGAAAAUGAGGUGCGUCUGGCAAAGCUACUCCGCAAGGACGCCAAGAAGGAUGCGCGGCGUGCAGCCCAGCUCGGCGGGAAUCAUACCGCCGACGCUUCGUCGAAUGCGCUCUUGGCCGCACUUGGCUUUGACGACGGCGAGAUCUCUUCUGGCGCUGGUGGAUUCGAGUCCCUGCGCGCCCAACGCGAGGCCGCUCUUGCCGCGGCCGCCAACGCGCCACUCUUCUCUUCGUCAGAUGGAGCCGUGCGCUCGGAGCAGUAUCCGCACGUCUACAGCUCACUUCUCGAAGCGCAAAAGUCGACAGCGCUCGUUGGCGGGACCAAGUUGAUGUUGCCCCUUGGCACCAACCGCAACGACACCAAACUGUACGAGGAGUUUACCGUGCCGCCUGCGCCGCGUCAGCCAAUGCGUUCGUCCGAGCGACUGGUGCCCAUCGCCGAACUGGACGCGCUCAGCCAAGCGGCCUUCCCGGGCGUUCGCACACUCAACCGGAUUCAGUCCAUUCUCUUUGACGCCGCCUUCAACACGAAUGAAAACCUGCUUGUCUGUGCUCCGACGGGUGCCGGCAAGACCAAUGUGGCAAUGCUCACUGUUCUGCACGAGCUGCGCCAACACCUGACGGCAGGCAACGUCAUCCGCACGGACGAGUUUAAAAUUGUGUAUGUGGCGCCCAUGAAGGCCUUGGCGGCAGAAAUGGUGGCCAACUUUGGCAAGCGUCUCGCUCCGCUGGGCAUCACCGUGCGCGAACUCACUGGCGACAUGCAACUGACCAAAGCUGAAAUUCUCGCAACGCAAAUGAUUGUCACGACCCCCGAAAAGUGGGAUGUCGUGACGCGCAAGUCCACCGGCGACGUGGCCUUGGCCCAAAUCGUUCGCCUGCUCAUCAUCGAUGAAGUCCACUUGCUGCACGACGACCGUGGCCCAGUCAUUGAAACGAUCGUGGCUCGCACGCUGCGCCAGGUCGAAACCACCCAAAACAUGAUCCGCAUUGUCGGCCUCUCGGCCACCUUGCCCAACUAUGUUGACGUUGCCGGGUUUUUGCGCGUCAAUCCCUACAAGGGCCUGUUUUAUUUUGACAGCCACUUCCGACCCGUGCCGCUCUCCCAGCGGUACAUUGGUGUCAAGACCACCAACAUCCACCAGCAACAGAACGACAUGAACCAAAUCUGCUUUGACAACGUGAUUGAGAACGUUCGCAAAGGCCACCAGGUCAUGGUCUUUGUGCACGCUCGCAACGCCACAGCAAAGACGGCGCUUGCUCUGCGUGAGAUUGCCGUCAGCACGCAAACCCUGCCGCUGUUCUCGCCAAAGCAGGACGAGCGAUUCCCAGCCGCGGACAAGCAGUUUACGCGAUCGCGCAAUCGCACGCUCCAGCAGCUCUUUGGCGACGGGUUUGCCGUUCACCACGCCGGCCUGUUGCGCUCGGAUCGCAACCUUGUCGAGCGGUUUUUCGCGGACGGAUUGAUCAAAGUGCUGGUCUGCACGGCAACGCUGGCUUGGGGUGUCAAUUUGCCCGCCCAUUGUGUCAUCAUCAAGGGCACCCAGCUGUAUGACUCCAAGAAGGGUGCCUUUGUGGACCUGGGUAUUCUGGAUGUGAUGCAAAUCUUUGGUCGCGCCGGUCGCCCGCAGUUCGACACGCACGGCGAGGGCAUCAUCAUCACUGCCCACGACCGUUUGGCUCACUACCUGUCCAUGAUGACGCACAGCGUUCCGAUCGAGUCGCAGUUUAUCAACCAGCUGGCGGACAAUCUCAACGCCGAGGUUGCUCUGGGCACGGUGGCGAACGUCGACGAGGCCGUCCAGUGGCUCUCGUACUCGUACCUCUACGUCCGCAUGCUGAAAAAUCCGCUCGUGUAUGGCAUGACUGGGCUCGAGCGCGACAACGACCCGGCCCUCAUCAAGCGUCGCACGGAUCUGAUUCAAAUCGCUGCGCGCCAGCUGGACGCUGCCAAGAUGAUGCGCUUCAAUGAGCGCACGGGCUCGCUUGCCGUCACCGAUCUGGGUCGCACCGCAAGUCACUUUUACAUCCAACACACGAGCGUGGAGAUCUUUAACAAGAUGCUCCGCCCCACAAUGACCGACUCGGAAAUUCUCGCGUGUCUUUCGUCGUGCACAGAGUUUGAAAACCUCAAGCUGCGUGACGAGGAGGGCGACGAGCUCGAGCUUCUCGAGCGCCAGUACUGCCCAGUGAAGGUGGUCGGAGGCUCGGAAAAGUCGUUCGGCAAGGUCAACAUUCUGCUCCAAGCCUACGUCUCGAACGCGCAGAUUGAGAGCUUUUCGCUCAUCUCCGAUGCUGCCUACGUGGCCCAGAAUGGCUCGCGUAUCAUGCGAGCCCUCUUUGAGAUUGCCAUCAAGCAGCGAUGGCCGUUGCUUGCUUCACGCGUGCUGACGCUGUGCAAGACGGUCGAGAAGCGCAUGUGGCACAACGACACGCCCUUCCGACAGUUCCCGCAUCUCGCGCCCGAGCUGCUCAUCAAGCUCUCUGCCAAGAAUGCGACCGUCGAGCAACUCCGCGACAUGUCUGCCACGGACAUUGGCCACCUCGUCAACCACAUCCGCAUGGGGCCCGCCGUCCGAGCAUGCGCAGACCAGUUCCCGACCAUGUCUCUCGCCGCCACCUUGCAUCCCAUCACCCGUUCAGUCGUGCGCAUUGAGCUGACCUACGUGGCCGAGUUUGACUGGUCGGAGCGCGUUCACGGCACCGCCGAGCCUUGGUGGAUUUGGGUCGAGGAUGCCGAAUCCGAGCACAUGUAUCACACCGAGUUUGUCAUGCUGACGCGGCAGGACAUGAGGCAGCCCAAGACCCUUGUGUUUACCAUUCCGAUUUUCGAGCCUUUGCCGCCGCAGUACUUUAUUCGCGCCACCUCAGACAAGUGGCACGGUGCAGAAUCCGUCAUUGCGCUGUCCUUCAAGCACCUCAUUCUCCCCGAGCAGCACCCUCCCCACACCGAGCUGCUGGAUCUGCAGCCCCUGCCCAAAGCCGCUCUGCGCAACCCGGCGUACGAGGCGCUCUACCGCUUUUCGCACUUCAACCCCAUCCAGACGCAGGUCUUCCACACGCUCUACCACACCGAUCACAAUGUGCUUCUUGGCGCCCCCACGGGUUCUGGCAAGACCAUUGUUGCCGAACUUGCCGCCUACCGCGUCUUCAACGAGUAUCCGCACACCAAGGUCGUGUACAUUGCCCCCUUGAAGGCGCUGGUGCGUGAGCGCAUGGACGAUUGGCUCGAGCGCUUCCAGCGACGCCUCGGCAAGCGUGUGGUCGAGCUCACCGGCGACUUUACUCCCGACCUCCAAGCGCUUCAUCGUGCCGACGUGAUUGUGACAACGCCUGAAAAGUGGGACGGCAUCUCUCGCAGCUGGCAGAAUCGUUCCUACGUGAAGGCUGUCUCUUUGAUCAUUAUUGAUGAGAUCCACCUGCUCGGCGAUGAUCGUGGCCCCGUUUUGGAAGUCAUCGUAUCGCGAACCAACUUUAUCUCGGCCAGCACAGACCAUGCUGUUCGCGUUGUUGGUCUCUCGACGGCCUUGGCGAACGCCCGCGACUUGGCCGACUGGCUGGGCAUUAACGGCGCACAAGGCUUGUUCAAUUUCAAACCAGCAGUCCGCCCAGUCCCACUGACCGUUCACAUCCACGGCUUCCCCGGUCGGCAGUAUUGCCCGCGAAUGGCUACGAUGAACAAGCCCGCUUACGCGGCCAUCCGGGAGCACUCGCCAGAAAAGCCCGCGUUGGUGUUCGUCUCGUCGCGUCGGCAAACGCGCUUGACGGCACUGGAUUUGAUUUCGUUCUGUGCGCGCGAGGACAAUCCAAAGCAGUUUUUGCACAUGCCCGAGCACGAGCUUGAGCCGCUUUUGGACCGCGUGCACGACACCAACUUGCGCCUCGCCUUGUCCUUUGGCAUCGGCAUGCACCAUGCCGGUCUGCACGAGCAGGAUCGUCGCCUUGUGGAAGAGCUGUUUGUGAACCAAAAGAUCCAGAUUCUCAUUGCAACCAGCACGCUCGCCUGGGGUGUCAACUUCCCAGCCCAUCUUGUCGUUGUCAAGGGCACAGAGUACUUUGAUGGCAAGACGCAUCGGUAUGUCGAUUUUCCAAUCACGGAUGUGCUGCAAAUGAUGGGCCGAGCAGGACGACCGCAGUUCGACGACACGGGUUGUGCCGUGAUUCUCGUUCACGACGUCAAGAAGGACUUUUACAAAAAGUUCCUGUACGAGCCCUUCCCCGUCGAGAGCAACUUGGCCAACGUGCUGCCAGACCAUCUCAACGCCGAAAUUGUCGCUGGCACGAUCACUUCCAAGCAAAGCAGCGUCGAGUACCUCACGUGGACGUACUUUUUCCGUCGGUUGAUGAUGAAUCCGUCCUACUACGGGCUCGAGCUCGAGGAUGCGCUGGACCCCGUCGAGCGCCAGCGCGCCGUCAGCCGUCACUUGUCUGAGCUGAUUGAAGAAGCUCUUCGCAAGCUCUCGCACGCACACUGCGUGACUGUUGGCGACAUGCCUGCCCUUGAGGCGUCGCACAAGCAACACGAGGGCAAACGAGGUGGUGGCGGCCAGCAGCUUCACGACAAGGACAUGGCCAUUGCGAUUCCAGCUGUUUCUGUCGGGCCAACGCCCUUUGGACGGAUUGCUUCGUACUACUAUCUUCGACACGAGACGGUUGGCCGUUUUGUCAACCAGCUCGCCUUGUGCCAGACGCUCGAGGAGGUCUUGGUGCUGCUCACCCAGGCGCAGGAGUUUGCCGAGCUUCCAGUGCGUCACGCCGAAGACGAGCUCAAUGCCGAGCUUGCCGAGACUCUGCCAAUCAAGCUCACGAGCAAGAUGGACUCGCCGCACACCAAGACGCAUCUCUUGCUCCAGGCGCACUUUUCGCGCGCCCGCUUGCCGAUCGUCGACUAUGUCACCGAUACCAAGACUGUGAUGGACAAUGCCAUUCGUGUCAGCCAAGCCAUGAUCGACUCUGCCGCCGAGCUCGGUCUGCUUGACGCGGCGCUGCACGUGAUGAAUAUUGUUCAGAUGAUUGUUCAGGGUCGCUGGUACGACGAGUCUCCGCUCAUGAUCCUGCCCCACUUUGAUGAAGACCUGAGCGACAAGUUUGUCUUUGGCGACCAGCCCAUUCGUGAUCUUCCCACGUUGCUUGGAGUUGCUGGCCAGCGAGGCCGGUUCCAUGAUCUUUUGCGCAAGUCGAGGACGCGCCCACAAAUUGAUGAGAUGUGCGACGCCAUUGCUCAAUCGUGGAUGUCAAGUUCGAGAUUGGCACGGAUUCACAGACUCUGCUUGUGGAUACAGAGUACGUGCUCAAGGUGAACAUGACGCGGUCUGCGGCACAUGAAGGCGCGAGUGGCAGCGGCAGCAGCAGCGGCAGCAACAGCGGCAAAGGACGGAAUCAGCAACAUUCGGGACAUCGUGCAUACGCGCCCCGUUUCCCGAAGGGCCAGGACGAAGGCUGGUGGCUUGUGAUUGGAAGUCAAGUCCCUGAAGAUCAGCAACCAGCAGAGUUGCUCUCCCUCAAGCGGGCAUCCAUUCGAGGCCGUUCAUCAACGACUUCCUUGUCAUUCUUCACCCCUGAUAAGCCAGGCCGUUACGUGUACAAACUGUUCGUCAUGUCCGACGCCUAUCUGGGCUUGGAUCAAGAGUAUGAGAUUGCGUUCGACUGCGUUGCGCCGGAAUCCACUGCUAGCGAUGUUUGAGCGAUCGGUUGUCUGUCUGUCUGUCCAAAAAUUGCAUCAUUCUUCCUGCGAAUCGUGGAUACAACAUUGGCGAAUCUAGAAAAAGCGAAAAUCGAUAAAAUUGACAAAAAAAAAAUAAACAAACUUUGAAACGCA